AUGGAUGCUCUCGUUUGGAACAUCAGGUCAGUAAACACUCAGCAAGCCUUUGAAAGGCUGAUCAAAAUGCAUAGAAAGAACAAUUAUGAAUUUAUAGGAUUGAUGGAACCCAUGCAGCAAUCUAGGACCUUGGAAAGGUACAGAAAUAGAAUUGGAUUUGCACAGGCUAUUUCUAAUGUGUCAAACAAGAUAUGUGUAUUCAUUGAUGAGGUGGUUGAAGUCACAGUAAUGUAUAACAUGAUCCAGCAACUAACUCUAAGGCUUUUUCAUACAGAAUCACAUGUAGAAAUUGUUCUUACAUUAGUAUAUGCUAAGUGUGAUGCCAUUGAGAGAAUAGAACUAUGGAACUCAUUGUAUGCUAUGGCAAGUGACAUGAAUGUGCCAUGGUUGGUAGGAGGUGACUUCAAUGUCAUUUGGGAUGAGGAGGAAAAAUUUGGUGGACUUCCAGUUCACAUAAAUGAAAUUGAUGACUUUAGGCACUGCAUUAACACCUGCAACUUUUUUGAUCUUGGAUUCAAGGGUAGUAUCUUCACAUGGUGGAAUGGUAGGGCAGAAGAGGAUUGCAUAUUCAAAAGGUUAGAUAGAUGCUUAGCCAAUUCUGAAUUUCAGCAGACUUUCCCAGGCAUAGAAGUACAGCAUCUACCUAAAAUAGGGUCAGAUCACAGUCCACUGCAAAUCAAGUGUGAUUUAGAGACUCCUCCUGUGAAGAAGCCAAAGGUAAAACAGGCAUUAUCAGUGUGGAGCAAGAGUACCUUUGGAGAUAUAUUCCAGAAGAUAGCUAGUUUGGAGGAAGUUGUGCUUGUUCAUGAAGCAGAAUUUGAAGCAAAUCCUACAAAGCUAAAUAGACAAAGGCUACAGAAAGUGCAGGCAGAAUUGAUCAAAUUUUAG